CACACCCCCCUGGACAUCCUGCGUGGUAUUGACACAACAUCCAUGCUUACCCAUCUCCUCCGUUUCACCUCUGCUCAAAUCGACCUUUCGUUGCUGUUCCUGUCAUCGUCCACCCCGGUCCGUCUGCGAGUGACCUGAUCAGCAGCUGCCGAAGUGGAGUUCGAAUUGGACUUCUACUAUCUCGUUCUACCUCGCCUCGUCGUCGUCUCUCAUGCCUUGUCCAACUUAACCUCUUGCGAUCCCAUCUUUACGUGUAUUCUCCUCGACUCUUGACAGCCCCAUUGUUGGACUUGCGCCGCUCACAUCAACCACCACACCCCCCGCACGACCGCCUCUUCGGGUUGCACGCCGACGCCGACGCCGACGCCGCCAACGUCAAACACGCAGUCCAGAUGGGCAACAGCCAAGGCAAGCCCGUUGAUCUCAACGGCGAGGUAAAUCUCAACCACUUUCGAUUAUUGCGAGUAGUUGGUCGAGGCGCUUUCGGUAAAGUACGAAUCGUCGAGAGGAAAGACACAGCAUUGUCAUUUGCCCUAAAGUAUAUUCGCAAAGAUGAGGUCGUACGGUCCGAAAGCGUUCGAAAUAUUAUCCGAGAGCGACGCAUGCUCGAGCAUGUGAACCAUCCCUUUAUCUGCAAUUUACGUUACAGUUUCCAAGAUAUCGAAUACAUGUAUCUUGUUGUCGAUCUAAUGAGCGGAGGCGACUUACGAUUUCACAUAUCACGAAAGACGUUCACUGAAGAAGCCGUACGGUUUUGGUUAUCUGAAUUAGCGUGUGCAUUGAGAUAUGUCCACGGACAAGGCAUUAUACAUCGGGAUGUGAAGCCUGAUAAUGUAUUGCUAGAUGCUGAUGGCCAUGUUCAUCUUACAGACUUUAAUGUAGCAUCCGACAUUAUACCAGGUAAAAUGCUCACGAGCAAGUCAGGGACCCUAGCGUAUCUUGCGCCAGAAGUCUACGGUGGGAGAGGAUACGACGUAAGGGCAGACUGGUGGUCACUCGGUGUUUUAUUCUACGAGUGCAUAUAUAAUAAGCGACCGUUUGAGGGCAACUCGGAAACGUCCUUAACUAACGUCAUCCUUCACGCCACGGCCAAAUUCCCCAUUACCCAGCCAGCCGUCUCACCCGACUGUGUGCACGCUAUAAAGUCAGCAUUGGAACCAAAUCCAGACAUUAGGUUAGGUCAUACAUGGGAGAGUUUUACUCAGCAUCCAUUCUUCGCUAUGAUCGAUUUUAUAGCGCUAGAGGCCAAGCAAAUCGAGCCCGUCUUUGUCCCAUCGGCCGAUAAAACUAACUUUGAUGCUACCUACGAUCUUGAAGAGCUCUUAUUGGAGGAGGCGCCCCUCGAAGCCCGAGCACGGAGACAGAAACCCAGGGAGAGGUUAAAGGACGACGCCACUGAGAAAGAGAUUCGAGAAGAGGAGCUUUAUCGCACUAUUGAGCGAGAUUUUCAUUCAUUCGACUACACAGUGGCCGCCUACAAGAAGAUGACCGCCAGUCAAGGCGAAGAGGAAGCUAACCAAGCGGCCUCUAUUGGGCAAGCGAGCACCGUCCCUCAAGCCCUCACUACCAACGAUGCAAGAGCAGCACCGCCAUCGACAAAUGGGAACUUUCAGUCAUCGACAGAUCCAAGGUCUAGGUCCCUCUCGCAAGGUGGUCGUUUACUUAGGACCACGAGUGGUGCACAACCACAGCCAUCCCAACAUAUGCCACCGAAUUAUAAAGUAACACAGCAGAGCGGUUUAGUCCAAUCACCUACGGGCGGAAUGUCUUUCACCUUGGAGGGGACUGGAAGCUGGUCCGAUCUAGCUCGGAGGGACAACACACUACCCACUGACGCCAACGCCCUUGGCGAUGAAAAAGCUGGAGGGUCCAGCGGUGUGUUCGGUUUAUUUGGACGGAAAAAGAGGGGCUACAGCCCUAAACCAAAAGAAAGGGGUGUCUUAGGGAAAGAAGGGGCACGACAGAUUGUCGGUUGAUCUUGAGGCUGCAUAGGGACUGGGAAAGAGGGGAAUUACCUGCUUUGCAACGCACUUCUGGAGUUCAGGGGUGACAUACAUUGGCGGGUUGACGGUUAAGGACGAAUCUUUUUGGUUUCUAUUAUGGGUCCUUUUGUACAUGGAGAUAUAUACCCCUUUGCUUUUUUUUUUCGGUCCUUCAUAACGUAGAAGGCCAGGGAAAUAAGCAUACAUGUGGAGUGGCCGGCCAUUGAUUUCCGGGAAAGAUUACAUAUCCACCUAUAUAAUCUGGCACAAUAAUCGCAUAUACUUUGGGGAUGGCUGCCUAAGCUAUGGUUCUUGAUGUCCUUUUUUCCCCAUUUGCUAGUGUUUUCAUAGGGUGUAGCGAGUUAGUCAUGUUUUC